AUGCUAAUGUCAGACAAAGAUCAAUCAACAGGAAGCAGAACCAUGAAUCUUGGUGGUGAAACAGCUUUGAAUGGACGCCCAAAGCCUUCCUCGCUAUCAAGGGGAAAGACCUAUUCAGUUUCCACUGGCGGAAGCAGCCGCAACUUCGGCAACACUGAUUACUCAAAUUCCCCUAGGUCAAUGGCUCCAAGGCGAAACAGCUUUGGAAGUCUCUCAUCAGUAGCCGAACGAAAGAAGGACCGGAACUCUUAUCUAAAUAAGCGAAAGAACCGAGACGGAGCAGGUAAACGUAAGGAUUUGAUUCGCAACUCCUUAUUCAGCAAGGUUGAUACUGUCUUUGGGGAGGAGACUUCUGAUGUCGGCGAUCCUUCCGAUGUUUCGUUUCAGAACGAAAACUCGUAUUUGAAGCGAUUGCUGCUAUCACCAACUGCAGCUUCAUCUUCAGGGAAAAAGAAGUUGAAUGUUGAUAACUGUCGCUUACAGAAGAAAAAGAAACCUCUGAAACUUCCUCAGAUCCCCAUUGUGACCCCCAGUCCAGCUUCUAAGCGAAUCGAUAAGACAAAGGUAGCUGCGAAGGUAGCCGAAAGGAGCAGUCCCAAGGAUAAGACACCUAAAAGUUCUUCCAAGCUAUCCGCUGAACAGAACGAGAAACGCCUAUCCACAGAUUCCACAACAUCUACUGCCCCAACUGAGGCUUCAGAUUCUACGGACAACGAUACCCUCACUGCUGUCACCAACAGCGCUGCCAGUAUGACCAUCGCUGAAGAACCCGUUGAAAUUGAUUAUACAGAGCUUUUUAACUCAUUUGAAACUGUUGCCGUGGAUGUCAACUUUGCAGAGCCACCUGUGGAGCGGGAACGAAAGAUUUCGUUUGCACUGCAAGCCCAAGUAGCAUCGAUUGCUGAUUUAAUCGUUUGCUCAUCGGAUGCUUCCAAAAACUUUGAAUGGGAAGAUUUGUUUUACACUGAAGAGGAACUAUCUGAUCAACGACAUGAAGCUUUCUUGGAAAUGUGCGGAUUGGAUGAUGACGAUUAG